CUACACCACCUCGCCUUCUCUCUUUCUCUCUCUCUCUGGAGUCUUUCGUCUCACUUUCCUUCCUUCUUCCUCCUGCUUUCGCUUCACACCAGACCUCUUCUCCCUUCUCCUCUCUUCUCUUCCUCUUAAAGUUCUCCCCUUGGCAAAAGGAGAGGCUCAACAAUGGCGGAGUGGUUAACCAGAGAGCAGAUUUAUGACUUCCAGGAGGCUUUCAGCUUAUUCGACAAGGAUGGCGACGGACGCAUUACCAUACAAGAGUUGGCAACCGUAAUUGGAUCGUUGGGUCAAAACCCGACGGAUGAGGAAUUGCGGGAAAUGAUCGGCGAGGUCGACGUCAACGGCAACGGCACCAUUGAGUUCGUCGAGUUCUUGAACCUCAUGGCGAGGAAAACCAAGGAGACUGAUGCAGAGGAAGAGCUCAAAGAAGCUUUUAAAGUGUUUGACAAGGACCAGAAUGGCUACAUAUCCGCAGAGGAGCUGAGGAACGUGAUGAUCAAUCUCGGAGAGAAAUUGACAGAUGAGGAAGCAAGGCAGAUGAUCAGUGAGGCCGACACUGAUGGGGAUGGCCUUGUAAACUAUGAGGAGUUUGUUAAGAUAAUGAUGGCAGUUUAAGAUACCCCACAUCUGAAAGCAUUUCAAAUUCAGAUUCAUUUGUUCAUUUUAUGUUAAGAGGAAUCCUGCAAGUGUAACCCUUCCCAUUUUACAUUAUAGCUUCUCUCGGUCUGAUGACAUGUAAACAGACUAAUUGGUAGGAAGCACAGUGUGAUAAACUUCCAUACUCUGUGUAGUUUCUGGCUUUUCUUACAAUCUCAAGGUGAAAGAAAGUGUUUGUUUCUGUUCA